AUGUUUACAUCGCGAGCAAUUAAAAAAGUCGCCGCAAGGCUACACGCGCCUGGACGUUAUUUUGUUAUUCGUGAGACUGCAACAAAAUCAACAAUGAAGCCAGAAACAAUACCCAGUGAAUCCAACGACACCACGGACGCCUCGUCAUCACCACCGCUGCAGUACCGCGUGACCGCAAGGUGCAGCGUGACGAAGGCCCGCGUCGGUGUCAUGAGUGUGCAGCAUGCAGACGUCGACACACCGGUUUUUAUGCCGGUCGGUACGCAGGGCACGUUGAAGGGCGUGCUCCCAGAACAGCUGCUCGCUUUGGAUUGCCGAAUUAUGCUCGGUAAUACAUAUCAUCUCGGAAUGCGUCCCGGAACCGAUGUGCUGGAAAAGGCAGGCGGUCUUCAUCGAUUCAUGGGUUGGCCGAGAGCGCUGCUGACCGAUUCCGGUGGUUUCCAGAUGGUGUCGCUACUGCAACUGGCCGAGAUAACCGAGCAGGGCGUGCGCUUCGAGAGUCCUUACGAUGGAAGCGAGUGCAUGCUGACACCAGAACGCAGCAUGGAGAUACAGAACGCCAUCGGGGCGGACAUCAUGAUGCAGCUGGACGAUGUGGUCAAAACUACAACGACGGGACCUAGAGUUGAAGAAGCGAUGCACCGCACGAUUCGCUGGCUUGAUCGUAGCAUUGCCGCCUACGGACGAGACAAUGAUCAAAGUAUCUUCCCGAUCGUACAAGGUGGCUUACAGCCAGAUUUGAGGAGAGUUUGUGCAGCCGAAUUGACUAAACGCAAUACACGAGGAUUCGCCGUUGGUGGCCUCAGCGGUGGUGAGAGUAAGGAUGAGUUCUGGCGCACGGUACAUCUCUGUACCGAUCUGUUGCCAGAGGAUAAACCGCGAUACUUGAUGGGAGUCGGAUUUGCCGCGGAUCUCGUGGUUUGCGUUGCACUUGGCAUCGAUAUGUUCGAUUGUGUGUUCCCGACGAGAACGGCCCGUUUCGGAUGUGCCCUGACACGGGCAGGGCAGAUUAACCUGAAGCAACGCACAUUUGCUCAAGAUUUGCGACCGAUAGAUGAGGAUUGCGAUUGUUCGACGUGUCGAACAUAUACCCGAGCCUAUUUGCAUCACAUCGUUACCGUUGAGCCAGUGGCCUGUAGCAUCGUCAGCGUACAUAAUGUAGCCUUCCAACUGAGACUGAUGGGCGAUAUGCGCGAAGCCAUCCGAGAAGAUCGGUUUCCAGAAUUUGUAAAAUCUUACAUAGCCACUCGUUACCCUAAUGACACCGUCCCGCAGUGGAUUCGGGAUGCUUUGGCUGCCGUUAACGUGAUUCUCUAGAUAUGGGAUUUGAUUUAUCGCUUUCA